CGAGCUCAGAGAUGUCAAGUCAAGAAAUAUCAAGGCACAAUUCCAAAGAGUCUAUAAACAAAGAGGAAACAGAGAUUAUUAACCUAUGCAAAAACUGCAGUCACCAAGUAGAAGCGGACAAACAGCCAUUUCGGAAGGAAAAAUCUACAUCUGGAACGUCAGAUUUUAUGCAAAGAAUGAUGCAAGAAUUCUUCACAUGUUGGUAUACAAAACUCCAAUCUCACAUGACUAACUGGAACUUGAGAGAGCUGUCAUUUAAGAGUCCUGUGCCAAUAACAUAUGACAUGGUGGACCAGCUGAUAGACGAGUUAACUGGUACAGUGGAAGGAUGUUACGAGGCUUUGGGGAAAAGGGACAACUUAAAAACUCAUGUGAUCCAUCUUAAAGAAUCAAGGAAGAAAAUGAAGAAAGGAAGACCAAAGGAACAAGUAUGCUGAUAAUAUAAUUAAGCUUGAGAAUAGAUGCAGAGACCUCAGUGAAGAGACUGAAGCUAUGAAGAGACACAAUCAAAAAGUACAUGCUGAAAUGAUGAGUCUGGAGGAAGCAAUGGAAGUUAAACUAAAGGAAAAGGACACAGAAAUUGACAAUUUAAGAAAACAGUUAACUGAUGCACUAAAAAGACAAGAGGAAGAUAAUCAAAAGCUUGCAGAGGCUAAAACUCACAUAAGGCAACUACAACGUGCAGGGUAUGGAAGUAAAAGGUCAAGAUCUAAAGAUGAUUACCUUGACAGAGGACAUGUCAGUAACUACACACAAAGAAAUAAGAAACAUAAUAUGCACACAGAAUCAACUGCACUGACAUCAAGACAGGUGAAAGAGGUACAGCACAUCAAUGACAAAGAAACUGAAGAAUUCACGACUGUAGAAGAACCAGAUGGUUUAAAGCUGAGAAGAACGGAGUCAUUUGUAGAAACAUGGUACAAGACCAGCCUAUCUCCAGUAGAAAAGGCUUAUGGAGAACAAUCACAAAGAGCAGAUAAAGAAAACAAUAAUGAUUUUGUAGGAAAGAAGAGUCUCAGUACAAAGAACAAGGAAAAAUUUGAUAAUUCUAAACCUCAACAGUCAUUAAUGAUCAGUAACAGUUCUAAAAAGUCAACCCAGAAUUCAGAGCCUACUGAUCUAACUCAGUCUAAACGGUCACAUUCAAGAAAGAAUUCCAUCAACAGGAGACCAAGAAGGAAAAUUGCAGGUGGAAAUCAACAAAUAUGGUAUGGAACUUAUGCAAACAACCAACAAACUGCUCCAAGGAAUUUAAGGCAUGCAUCUAAUGAAUCACCAAGAAUUUUAGACACUUUGGUUAUCAACUGUGUAAGUAAUAAUCAAUCCACACAGAAUGAAAGCCCAAGAGGUCCGAAAGCAAUUAGACACCAAUAAAGACUUUUCUUAGCUCCCGUUACCUUCUGUGACUAGAAAAUUUCCAGUUCACACUUCUGUUAUAUUUAUACUUUAUUUUAUAUUUUGUUUUUCUUGUUGUUCUUGAUCAUGUUACUAUUUUGUUCAUAAGUUUAAACAUUAAAAAUGGCUGGCUCCUGUUAUGUUUUGUGAAUAGAAACUUUCUAGUUCACCAUUUGUUAUAUUUAUAUUUGACUUUGUUUUUUCUUGUUGAUUUUUUAUCAUGUUGCUACUUCAAACAACUCUUUCUUUUAAAUAUAAUGUAAGUGUUGUAAUUGUGUUUUUCCUAAUUACUUAAUUGCAUGUUUAAGUUACUUAUUUUCAAAAGUCAAUUCCUGUAUGCAUCUCCAUUUUUAUUUCUUAAAGUAACUUUUUAACUGGUUACUUGUAUUCAAACUGGUACAUAGUACAAAAGAAACUGUCAAUCAAUGUCUAAUUAUUCUAAUCGGCAAAUUCAAAAUGUUGUCUUACAAAGAUAGACAAGAUACUUGUACAGUA